AUGGAAUCUGUUAGCGACAUUUCAUUCAGAUCACCGUGGAUUUAUCGAGAGGUUUUCAGCAUGAGCCCAUCAAAUGGGCAGUACUUUACUCUGAAGACACAUGGGAUUACGCCCAAGGCGGACAUCUAUUUGAACGGGAUUCUCAUUGCAACAAGUGACCAACAACAAGGAUCGUAUGGUGGCCUUCAAUACAGCCUGACAAACUAUAUUCAAACAGGCGAUAAUUGUAUCCUUGUCCGUGUCUUUCCAACCAAUUACCUUCGUGAUUUUGCCAUGGGGUUUGUGGAUUGGAACCCUUACCCAGCGGACAAUGGCACAGGAGUCUGGCGAAACGUUGAGAUCUCUCAGACCGGAUCGAUUUCCAUGUCUCCAUUUCGCAUAGUGACCGAUUUCACGAAACCCACGACCGAGGCUGUAAAUAUUACCUUCCGAACUGAAUUGUCUAACCAUGAACCGAAAGCCCAUCGAGUCAAGCUGAACGGAACUGUUACACGAGGUAGCUCCGCUAUAGCUCAGAUCAGCGAUAUAUUUGAUUUGAAGCCAAAUGAAAGAAAGACGGUUUCGAUCGAAGCGAUUGUUCGGAACCCUGAUAUUUGGUGGCCCGCUUGCUGGGGCGAGCAACCCUUGUAUACAAUCCAGGCACAUACUUUCAUUCAGGAACCUCGAGAGUUGUUGUCAGAUCGCUGCAGGAGUCAACAAUUCGGAAUCCGACAUGUAUCGUCAAACCUGAAUGGUUUCAACGACACUGAAUUCACCGUCAACGGGGAACCUUUCCAAGUCAUUGGAGCCGGAUAUGGGCCGGAUAUCUUCUUGCGAUUUGAUAAAGACAGGGUUGAAAAAAUGCUCACAUACCUGCUUGACAUGGGAAUGAAUACCCUUCGAUUAGAGGGAAAACAAGAGCACCCGGAACUAUACGAAUUAGCAGAUCGCAUGGGAGUAAUGAUCUUGGCAGGAUGGGAAUGUUGCGAUAAAUGGGAAGGCUGGGAAUACAAUGAGGAUGCUGACGGGGUUAAGUGGGAUGAUCAAGAUUAUCGCAUUGCAAGAACAUCAAUGUUGCAUGAGGCUGAGAUGAUGCAAGCCCACCCGUCGAUGCUUGGUUUCUUGGUGGGCUCAGACUAUUGGCCCGAUGACCAAGCUACAGAAGUAUACUUGGAUGCUCUUCGAUAUAUGGAUUGGCCGAAUCCAAUCAUUGCAUCGGCCAGCAUGCGCGGUUAUCCAGAAGCUUUAGGGCCUUCUGGAAUGAAAAUGGACGGCCCGUACGACUGGGUGCCACCAAACUAUUGGUAUGGCAACAAAGAAGGAGCAGCUUUUGGAUUUGGAUCUGAACUGGGUGCUGGAGUUGGAACACCUGAGACGCGCAGCCUGAAGAAAUUCAUGUCCGAUGACAAUUUGAAAACGAUGUGGACACAGCCUGAUGCACAUUUGUAUCACAUGUCUCGUUACGACUCUCACUUUUACGAUCGGUCUAUCUACAACAAGGCUCUUCACUCUCGGUACGGCGAGCCAGUGAGCGUAGAUGACUAUGUGCUCAAAAGUCAGAUGGCGGACUAUGAGGCUACGCGGGCCCAAUACGAAGCUUAUUCCACGAGGAAAAAUGCCACCCGACCCGCCACUGGCCUGAUUUACUGGAUGCUGAACAGCGCUUGGCCGAACCUGCACUGGCAGCUGUUCGACUACUACCUCAGUCCCAUGGCAGCCUACUUCGGCACAAAAGUUGGUGCACGCAUGGAACAUGUUGCUUACGAUUACGAAAGCCGGAGUGUUUGGCUGAUCAACCAUUCGCUUAAGAAUGAAGGAGAGCGACAGGUCUUGAUAGAGGUCAUUGACACACAGGGAAACAAGCUUUCAAGCACCGAAGCCAACAUCAAGACGACCCCUAAUUUCGCAAAGCCAGUCACCUCGGUUGAUGCAAUUGACACCAUCCAAGAUGUUGCAUUCCUGCGUUUGGUACUUCGUGAUCCCAAGUCCAACUUGAUCAUCAGUCGCAAUGUCUAUUGGAUCUCUCAAACUAGAGAUGUUUUAGACUGGCCUAAGUCUAACUUCUUUACAACCCCAGUCACCACGUUCGCAAAUUAUACGAAACUCCAGUCUCUAGCAGCAGCCAACGUCAAGCCAUCGCUGCACCCAGAAAGAUCGAGCUUCGCAGAUGGCCUGACUCGGGCAGAGGUUCAUUUGGAAAAUGAAUCCGAGGUGCCAGCACUCUUCCUUCGGUUGAACGCAAUCUAUGCAUCUGAGCAAGCAGAGAUCGCACCAGUCUACUGGUCUGAUAACUAUAUCACCCUUUGGCCCAAGGAAAAGUUAUGCUUAACAGUUGCUUUCCGAGGAAAUUUACAAGAAACUAUAGUUGAAGUAUCUGGUCAAAAUGUCAAAACGGUGACAUUGAAGGGCGCGGACAUGCAACACCUGAUUUAA